UCCGACAGAGCAAAGGUGGGGCCAUGUCAGGAGUCGUACUGCUGCGAGAUUUCGAACCCGACAUCCCCAACGACCUGCGGGUUACUUUCAUCGAUAAGCUGCCGGAGGAAGCACUGUGUAUUCAGUGUGACAACGUGUCAGCCCGAUUGUACAGAGAUGUGCGUGGCCACGGCUACUGCACUUCCUGCCGUGCCAUGUGUGAGCGAGACGGAGCCUUCGAGUGCGCUACUUGCCAAAAAAAAUACAAAACUUGGCAGCUUAUGCGAGAUUUUUCAGCAUCGGAGAAAAUAAAGACAGCGAGAGUCAUCUGCCCCAAGACAAGUCGAAAUGAACCUGUAUUCAUUACCUUCAGCGCCCUAAAGGCCCACCUCCAGCGCUGCUCUUGUAAUGAUGUCGCUAAGGAAGCUGCAGGGUCCAAUGCACAAUCCUCUGGCUCGAUGCUCUCACUCCCUCUACCAACAAAGCAACAAAGCGCCGCAUACUUUGCUGACAAGCAAGAAGGAACCAUCGGUGUAAAGAUGUGUGUGUGCACCCUCUGCAACAAUUCCAUGCCAAGGAAACUCAUCCGAGAUCAUAUGAAAGAGUGUUUGGGAAAGCAGCUAGACAGCCUUCAGUACGAGGAAUCAUUCCCUGAGCAAGAAACUCCGGAGAGCUUCAAUGGCACUAGACAGCGUGACAGUUUGGAUGACGUUGGCACGGCGCACGCAGCGAACAAGUUCACUGGGGACCACACCAGUCUUUUCAAUAGCGGCGCCUGCCCUUCCAGGAAAGAGCCUCCGAUGUCUUCAACCGACUCAUCUGAAAUUUCGGAGCUCGCUCGUCAGCUGAAAGAGGCUCUCUCGGAGAUAUCCUGUUUGAAACACGAAGUAGCAGAGCUUAAAAAGGUGGCUAACGAAGGAAAAGGCGACAUUGACCUGCUCCAAGUUGCUGUCCCGACAAUGCAAGGAGACAUGAGGAACGUCCAAAUUCAGUGUGAACAACGCAUUGAAAAAUCAGAAAAGACGGUCUCGAGUCUAGAGGAAUCCCACAGCUCUAUCGAGAAAAUGUUGUCCGUUAUCGAUGAAGAGACAAAAGCUCGUCUGGAUGCGGUUGAAGAGGCAAUGAAAGAUAUGAACGAAAAGUUUUCCACGGCAGUCCACAGCUUGCAGGAAAGAAGCCAGUAUUUACAUGAAGCCAUCAUGCCACUCUACGCACAAUUGAAUCAGAUAAGAAACGACUUCCUCCAUUUUGUACACAACUUCGUUCCGGAACAAGAGCCCAGUCAAGGCAAGAAGGGCCAUGGGCGUUCCAAAUAGCUUGAUCUUGAGCGCCGAGAUCAACAUAAUGUUUGCUUCAAAAUUGCUACAGAGAAACAGGGUUAUCUUGUGAUUUUUUUUUCUACCAACAGCUUUGUUGAUCCUCGUUCGUUUUAACAAUGAAGCGAAAUAAACGCGAUCAGAGUAUAACCUACA